GUAACUUGGUGGGCUGAUCGUCCAUCAAUCACUCCCCGUCAUCGCGGUCCCGACGUACCCCAACCCCCCUGCAGGCUCAUCCGGUCAUUCACGGUAUCUCAUUCGUCAUAAACGGUUGAUUGUAACCUGAGAAACACGCUCGAAUGUAAACAACGCAAGCCUUCUGCCUGCAUCGCACGUCACUAUCUGGGCGACGAUAGGAAAAUCCAGACUGUUCUACUAGAAUGAAAGAACAUCUUCUCCUGUAGAUCGCUGGCUCAUCUGGACCUGGGGUAGCGUAAAUGAUAAGGCGCAUGGUUGGCAGUCCAGAGGUUACAAACACUGAGGCCAAAGCAGAAGCACUCACUGUGCGGCCCUGUAAGACUCCAACAAAUCCGUGAAUUCUGCUGGUAUCUUGUCACAAGGACAUGAAAAAGGUGAUGCAUAGCAAUGCAGCAUGGGAGAAUCAGCAUGAGCUAAACCAGAGUACUACUGAGGAAUUCAUCCUGCUGGGAGUGUCUGAUCAACCACAGUUGGAGCUAGUGCUGUUUGUGCUCAUUUUAAUCAGCUACGUUAUGACACUGCUUGGGAAUGUCACCAUCAUUGUUGUCUCCUGGCUGGCCCCCCGUCUCCACACACCCAUGUACUUCUUCCUCAGCAACCUCUCCUUCCUCGACAUCUGCUACACCAGCAGCCUUGGCCCCCCGAUGCUGGUGAACUUCCUCAGUACGCGCAAGGCCAUCUCCUGGGGUGGCUGUGUGGCCCAGCUCUACAUCUCCCUUGCCCUGGGUUCCACAGAGUGCCUCCUGCUGGCAGUCAUGGCCCUAGAUCGCUACGCUGCUAUCUGCCGGCCCCUGCGCUACGUGACAAUUAUGAGCCAUCGCCUCUGCCUCCUCAUGGCUGCUGGUUCCUGGCUCAGUGGCCACAGCACUUCACUGGCACAGACAGUGCUAACUAUGCAGCUGCCACGGUGUGGCCAGAACCAUAUUGAUCACAUCUUCUGUGAGGUGCCCGCACUGCUCAAGUUGGCCUGCACUGACACUUCUUUCAAUGAAGUUGAGCUGUUUUCUGUAAGUGUGGUGUUCCUGGUGGUGCCCAUGAGCCUCAUUCUGAUCUCCUAUGGCUACAUUGGUGCUGCCUUGAUGAGGAUCUGCUCAUCUGAGGGCAGGCGCAAGGCCUUCAGCACCUGCACCUCCCACCUGGCUGUGGUGUCUCUCUUCUAUGGCCCAGCCAUCUACAUGUACCUGCAGCCUCCCUCCAAGGAUCAGGGCAAGAUUGCCUCCCUGUUCUACACAAUGGUCACCCCAAUGCUGAACCCCCUAAUCUACACACUGAGGAACACGGAGGUACAUGGGGCCCUGAGGAGACUGCUUCGGAAAAAGCCAGGCCUUAUAGUUUGGAGUUAGUCAAUCAACCUGGGGCCCUGUGUUCCCCAUGCCUCCUGGAGCAUUUCCCUUCAUUCUACUUCUAGCCCCAAAGUAUCCCAUUUCUUUUUACUCUCUUCAGUCCUUCAGGUCUCUUCUGCCUCCCGCGACUGAUAAUAUGAAAUCAGAAAAUUAGCCAAAGGCUUGAUUUUCAUCUAAAAAUAAAGGUUC